AUGAAAAUAGUAAAAUUUUUUGAAAUAUUUAUAACAUUAAUUGUGUUAUUUAAUAAAAAUAAUAAUUUUAUAAACUGUAAUAAUGAUGAAGGUAAUAAAAACACUAACAUAUAUUUGUCUAAAUGUGAUAAAUCUUAUAAUUUUUUGGAAAACCCCCCGAAAUUUUCUGAUGCCUCUGACAGUUUGGCAUAUGAAUAUGCACAAAAAAAAAUAUUUGACAUAGAUUUAAAUACCCUUCAUAUUUCGCUUAUUAAAAAUUUACAAUUUAGCAAAUUUCGAAACAUUAUUGAUGUUAAGUCCUCGAUAUUCAACUGCAUUAUCAAAACAUUUCAACAAAUGACAAAGGCAUUGCCUGCAAUUCUUGAAGAAAUAUUCGAAUAUAACGAGUUUUGUAAAUCAAUUGAAGAAGUAUUUUCUUUUUUGUAUGAAAUUGACGAAACAUAUGAAUAUAUAAUUAAAAGUUGCCUUGAAUUAACAAAAAGUCAAAUUUUAUAUAAUUAUUUUAAUUCAUAUAUUCAAGAUAUUGAUGAGGUAAUAAAAAUGUAUCGAAAUGAUCCAUCUAAAAUAUUUUCAAAGUUUGAUUAUGUAAUAAUAUGUUUGAAUGAAUUAUAUAGAAAAAUAACUGGAAAUUUUUACCCUUAUAUUAAAGAUACAGCAUUAUUUAACAAAUAUAUGAGUGAAGUUAAAUAUAAAAAAAAUAACGAAGCAAAAGAUGGUACAAAUCAUAUUGAAGAAUUUAUAAAAUAUUUUCGAGAAAAUGUUCAUAAUAUAGAUGUAAUUGUUUUUUUUCAAGAAGUAUAUAAUUUUUAUUUAGUUAACAAUUUUUAUAUAUCAUGUUUUUAUGUCUUUUAA